AUGAACGCGAUCCAGCAAAAAUGUCGACCGAAGCACCAAGUGCUGGUCCUCAAGUGUUAUCCACGGACCAACAAGGGCGCUGUUGAUGUCAAGCCGAAUUCUAGCGAGCUGAGCUAUCUGCUGUUCUAUGCCACCUCCCGCCGUUCCAAGAUCCAGAAAAUUGGCUCCUUCUUGGAGAAGAAGACGGCAAGCGAUGUCUGGCGACAGCGCAUCGGAAAUGUGCAAGUCACUCUUCGAAUCCUCACGGCACUCAUCGAGAAGGCCCCCAAGGACCUGCCGCUUGUGGCCCCUAAUGUGCUCAAAAUUCUCGACGUCAUCCUUGGAUCCAAGGACAUCACCAUGGUCGAGUCCUCUAUCCCCACCUUUGAGGCCUUUUGCGAAAACCACGAUGCAUCUUCCUCCUUUGCAGAUCAGGCUUAUCUCGCCCAGUACGAAUCGAUCGUCCGCACCUACGCUUCGCUCGCCUCGACCCGCGAAAACCCUGGGAAAGGAGCCUCCAGCAAGCCUGUGCUGAUGCGAUGGAGGAAUGCUGGUCUCGAAGCAAUCAGGAGCGUUUCCUCUUCAGAAGCUCUGUCGACUGUCACUGGCCGCCAGUUUGACGUAAUUGUCCCCGUUAUUUUGGACAACCUUUGGUGGGAUGACGACGAGUUGCUCGACACAUUGCUGUCGCGCAUACAAAUGGAGGAGAAAGUGCAGGCAGAGAAGCUUCGCCGUAGGACAAGCGUCGCAACUGUGGGGACCAACGAUACUGGCGAUGCCAACCCUAUCGCUCUGACAGGCACUGCCCAUGAUGUCGACAGGCUGGCAGAGGAGGACGUUGGUGUGCUUGCCAUGCAGUGCCUCAAGCAGAUCUUUGUGGCACCAAAUCGGCCACAGAUCCAUUCCGCGACUGGAGCUCUUUUCCAGUUCAUCGAAGAUCGCAUCGCAAACGGGAACACAGCUGUUAAGCCGGAUGAGAAAGUUGGCCAGGAUCACGGGUGGGCAAUCAGCAUUUACAGCGCAAUCGCGAGAUGGGCACCUGUGCAGGAUCGCUACGUUAUCCUGGUGACGGCCAUGGAUCAUCUGUCGAAAGCACCCGUCAAUGACGACAACCUCAAGCUUCAUCUAUCGCUGGCGGCCAUGAUUGGAUCUCUCCUGCGUUCCGACGUCAACUUGAUUGGGCUGAGCGCCAUGGACGUGUUGCUGGGCCUCGUUCAGCAUAUGAAGAAACUUAUUCAACUACCUGGAGGUUUUGGGAGAACCGAAGGAGAGCCUGACGAAGUACCCUCUACUUUGCAAGGAUCCGGUGACGUAUUCGCCCAGCGAAGAGAACUCCUCGAGCGUAUCCAACUCUGCAUCGGAGAUCUGGCGACCCACGUAUACUACGCAGACCAGAUCUCGGAUAUGAUUUCAACGAUCCUUCUCCGACUAAAGCCGUCCAAGUCCUCGAGUACCAGCUCAUCGCCCCAGGCAGAAACUUCCGAGCAGCCCUCCUCAGACGAGAUGACUACCAGCCAACCUCAGCUGGAAACGUACCUUUCCCGCAAUGUGGGUAAGACGGCUGCUUUGAAGGCAAUAAAGAACAUACUCCUCGUCGCAAACCCGCGUGCCCAGAUGUCCGGCAAUCUGAACUUGUCGAGGAAUAAGGUUCCUAUUCAAGUCUGGGAGAGCACACACUGGCUUCUGCGGGAUCCAGAUGGCGAAGUCAGAAAAGCCUACGCCGACGCGCUUCUGACCUGGCUGGAUCGCGAAACAACAGCGGCCGAUUGGAAGGCGCGAGAUGACAGCACCCAGCACCACCGGUCUUCUCUCAAGAACAGUCGCGAGCUUCAAUCUGCCAGCGCUGCUCAACGAGCCGCAUCAAACGCAUCCCACCGCGAGAAACCAUCGAGGCAGCGUUCGCAUUUCCUCCAACUUCUGCACAUUGCGAUAUACGACAAUGCCUUGCAAUAUGUCGACUACGACCCGGACAUCGUGCUUCUUCACGUGCUACUUACCAAGCUGGUAUCUCAGCUGGGCGUAAACGCAGUGCAGUACGGAUUACCAAUGGUGUUCCGUCUUCAGGAGGACAUUCCAGAUGCAGAGCUGCCAGUGCAAAAGGUUCGUCUGGGCAGUCUUUGCCACGGCUAUUUCUGGGCCGUGACCGAGAAGUUCGACAUUGAGAACUCUGCCGUGGGACGUGCAAUCACGAACGAAGUUAUCCGAAGACGCAGCAAACAUUUCUGGACAGAGGGCGUGGCCAUUCCUCCGCCAGCGCUAGAGCUCCUUGGAACUCCCGGCGUUCCCAAGCUGCAGACCAAACUACCCGCCACAGAGGUUGAAAGCGAAGCGUUGCUGCCAUUCGACGACCGCGCAUCGUUCGUAGAGAGUAUUGCUGUGAGCUAUGCAGACACAAGUGUCUCACCACCGAGCAGCCCCCCUCAGUCUCCCGGGCGAAACUUUUCGCACCCCAUUCUUAGCACCUCGAUUAGCACGACGCCCGCAGCGCCCGGGUCGGAGCUGCCGAGUGCGUUCCGCGAGCACAUGCUGACAGACUGGUCGAGAGAUGCGGCUAUGUUAGCCUUGCAGGCGGGAAGCAAGUCAGAGUCGUUGGCUGGCUCAAAAAGUGGCACUAUGGGAACCAACCGAUACCACCUGACAGUUAAUGGCGCUAACGGGCAUGGCCAGCCGGGAGAGUCUUCACCGCUGGGCAGCCAGCGGAAUCUUCGUCCGAACUCCCAGGUCCUAGGAGGCUUGUCUCCCAUGAGCAAGUUGCGCAAGUCCAGUGUCCGGAGUGGCGUUUCGCCCUCACCGUCGGACUCGAGCCGGGGCGUAGUCACCUCCAUUGACCAGCUCAAAAUGGUUUUGACAGGCCAAGUACCCGCGACGCCCAUUGGCACGUCAGCUGGCUUGCACCAUGACAGCGAUAGUGACAGCAUGGUUAGCUACGACUUUACCCCAUCGGAGCUAAGCUUCAACCCGGCGGCAUCUCAGCCGGAAAACGGCGACGGAGCCUCUCUUGGACGGCAGAGGUCUUCCUCGGCAUCACGCAAAGGUGGGCCGCUCAACUCCAAUCCUUUGUACGAACACAACGAAGACGAGGACGUUCCGCCAGUGCCGCCACUGCCCGGCCACAUUGGUGGGCUAACGUCCUCGGUUUCUGUUCAGGAUUACGCAGUGAAGCCGGCGAAACGAGUGCUUAGCAGUCGCGGUGGCGACAGUUUAUACCAGGGUUCGACGAGAGGAGAUGGUAGCUUAUCGAUGGUGUCAGGAGGAGGGAUGGAUUUACACGACCUUCUUAAUGGGAUUGACAGCAGAGCGGGAGAGCUCAGUUUAGGGAACGUCACGAAGCCGCCUUACUAA